AUGGAAGGCGAAGUUCCAUCAAUGGAGAAUCCCAAAAUCUCAGCGUAUUAUCAGACUAGGCUAGAACACUUCGGCGUCGUCAGCACCGAGUGGUUAGCUCAGGCUCAGUCCGCAACAAAACCUAUCACAUCAUCAUCAACCGACGCACGCUCUGAUAAAGAUGCCAAUUUCUCUGUAAUUGAUGAAUUCAAUCGGUGGCGUAAUCAUCCCGAUUUGGCCGAAGCUGUCGCCGCAAUUCGUGCCCUCGCUGCUGUUAUCAGCUCUAGUAAAGCUUCCACUAUGAUGCAACUUGAAAUCGAACUCAAAAACGCCUCUGAUACCCUCAAAGCAUGGGAUACAACCUCUAUCUCAUUGACAGCGGCGUCUGAUCUGUUUAUGAGAUACGUGACAAGGACAUCGGCUUUGGAAUUUGAAGACUUCAAUUCUGCAAAAGCUCGCUUGAUUGAGCGUGCGGACAAGUUUGGGGAAAUCUCCUACAAGGCUCGCAAGGUUAUUGGAAUGCUUAGUCAAGAUUUUAUAUUUGAUGGUUGCACUAUUUUGGUUCAUGGUUUUUCCAGAGUUGUCUUUGAAGUUCUUAAACUGGCUGCGCAUAAUAAGAAACGCUUUCGGGUCUUCUGCACAGAGGGGCGACCAGAUCGAACAGGUUUAAGGCUGUCCAAUGAGUUGGCCAAGCUUGAUGUUCCCGUGAAACUUGUGAUAGACUCUGCAGUGGCUUAUACCAUGGAUGAUGUGGACAUGGUAUUUGUCGGGGCAGAUGGAGUUGUUGAAAGUGGUGGUAUAAUUAAUAUGAUGGGAACAUACCAAAUUGCUUUGGUUGCAAAGAGUAUGAAUAAGCCAGUCUAUGUGGCUGCUGAAAGCUACAAGUUUGCUCGUCACUACCCUCUUGACCAAAAGGAUUUGGCGCCCGCCCUACGACCAGUUGAUUUUGGUGUACCUAUUCCAUCCAAGGUUGAGGUCGAAUGCUCUGCUCGGGAUUAUACUCCUCCUCAGUAUUUGACUCUGCUUUUCACAGAUUUAGGCGUUCUUACUCCAUCAGUUGUUAGUGAUGAACUCAUCCAGCUAUACUUAUAA